AUGCCAAGGGCGCCGACGGUGCAGAACCAAGAGGACGACGACGUCUUCAACUUCCAUGCCGCGCUGCUGACGGGCCAGGGCCGGUCGAGCACCGCCGCGCUCCAGGAGGCGCUCAGGGGCCGCGCGAGGCAGCCGCCGAAGGAGUUGCAUAAGUGGAUGUGGAAUGUGGACAUCCCCGAGCCGGUUCGCAUCUCCGUGAAUUCCGAGCAGGUGUAUGCUGUGCGGACAGUAUUUUCCAGUGUGAAGUCUUGGAAUAUCCACGCCAAUGCCAUGAAGUGGUGGCCAGGCCUUCGGAUAUGCGACCUCCAAGACUACCCCCAGAAGGGCGUCGUGCGCCACACCGUCGCUCGCAUGUGGUGGCUGUACGCCGUGCACCGCAUCUUCGCGCAGAGGCACCGGCAGGCGACGAACAUGAUGGUGGACGCCAUGUGGCAGGGCAUGAUCUUCUCGCGGUACAAGGAGCUCCUGAAGGUCAUGGCUCACACCAAGCGGCAGCACGGGGGCUACGUGCCGAACGCCUCCCUGGUGGCCUUUCAGCCGUACAAGGCUGAGGAGAAGCAAGUGAAGGACCUCCAGCUGCUUCUGCCCCUCAACGACAUCCUCGCAGCGCGCCGCCGGGCGAUCAGCGCGCACGGCGAGAAGAGGAGGACAACGGUGCAUCCAGCGCGGGCUGGGAUUAUCGAGCGCUCCAAGCAUUCCUGGAGGAAGCAGCUCAGCCGGUUGAGGAGCAGCCUCCAGAUGGGCCAGAUGGCGCCGGUCGGAGAUCCUGAAGACGACGAACUCGAUGUUGAGGACGGUGAGGUGCGAACGAGCUUUUCGCAGGAGACGUUCCAGGAAGACUCGGGAUCCCUGGAGGAGGACUUCGGAAGGCAGCAGUCAGUGGCGUCGACCAGUACCAUGGCUUAUCGUUCAUCGGUGAGCACGACCGCUUACUCGAAGGAGACUCGCUCCACCUUCGCGCUCAAACAUUUCGCUGGCCACUGGGAGGUCAACGUGCCCGCCGUGGAGCUCGUGGCCCUCGCCGGCAACAGCUCGAGGCUCAGGUUACUCAGUGGAAGGGUCGCGAACAUCUGUGCGGACGUGAUACUCGAGGUGCAGGGGCAAUCGAUGGGCCACGACGCCAUUUCCAUACCGAGUUCCCCUGGGCAUCCAAGGCAGGCGACCCGCUCGGUGCAGCGGGCCUCCGACGCCGCCGAGACGCCGCAGAGCCCGCCGUCCUGCCUCCUCGCCCUCUCGGUCGACAGCUUCCUGCUCACCAGCCCGGAUCGCCUGGAGGACAGCGGCGAGGGCCUCGGCAGGAAUCUGCUGCACGGGGCACCGCCGGAGGUGGUCCGCGUGGUGCGGCCGCUGCGGCUCGGGGAGCCCAGGAGCCACGACAUCGGCGCCGCGCGGAAGGCGGGGCGCAGGAUCAGAGAGAACACCGCCGUGGCUGUCUUCGCCGCCCUGGACUUGCAGAGCGGCGCGGGUGGCGAGUGCGAGGUGCAUCUUCCUGAUCUGGGCGUGGUGGUGAGCGACCUGCUGCUGGAGAGAUUGGCGGACUUCGCAGCCGGAAAGUCGGUCAAGCUGCGGAUCUCGAUGUCUGAUGCGGCUGAUGAAGAGGAAGAUAGAGAUGACCAGGCCAAGACAUCUCACGCGCACUCCGAGGAGCAGCGUUGGACCACUUACCCGCGCCAUCACUUCGACAGCCUCAUGGGUCAGGUGCUCAGCUUCCGGCACAUUGCUACGUCUUCUUCCACUGCUACCGACCAGGCGUCUAACCAGCGGAACCUGGUCUCGUACGCCUCGAUGGGCUCCGUGCUCUCCUUUGCCGAGGCAUCGCACUACCCCUUACCCCGUCGCCGAGAAGACUCCGAAAAUGGUGCGGGGAGAACGAGGGUCAACCUCACCGCCCAGGGCGUUGCGUGA